UCCUUUUACACUAUCGAACCUCUGAACAAAGUGAACGAAGAAUUUUGAAUAAAUUAUAUACACAAAGUGAAAAUACAAAAAGUUUAAUACAUUUGAUAAGUUAAUUAUUUAUCUUUUCUAUAAUAACAAAUUUUUGAAAUAAAAUCAUAAAUAUAAAUUAUGAGAAGUGUGUGAAAUUAAAAAAAUGAAUUUAAUUUAUAUAUUUCGGCCUUUAAAGCCGACGAUGAAACGAUGACGACGUGAAAAAAACGAUUUAUAGCACAAAACAAGGAAAAUGAAAUAAUUUUGAAAAUGAGAAAUUUAUCAAAACUGGAAAUCAAUUUUAAGAUAAUUUAAAAAUAAUCCAUUUUCUCAAUGGAAAAACAUAUUUCAUUGUAUUGUCGUUCUUUCAUUAAACAAUUUGAUAAUAAUGCAAAUUGUGUGCUAAUUGGUGAGGAAUUUAGUAUUAAAUAUAAUAAUAACUUAAUGUGCUGAUAAAAAUCAAAUUUGCAAAAUACAAUGCGGCAUUUAAAAAAGAUGUCCGCGGGGGCUCAAUUGCAUCAUAAUCAGCCGCAACAACAGCAACUAUUGCCACAACAAAUACAACAACAACAAUUGCAAUUGCAGCAACAACAACAGCAAUUUUUUCAAACUGCCGAGGCACAAACUGAUCUUAACCAAACACACAUAUUUGUAAAAUCACGUACAACACAUCAUCAUCAGCAUCAUCAACAUCAUCUCCAACAACCGCAGCUACCUCAUCAGCAGCUGCAAACACAUCAACAACACACGGCACCGCUUCAGCAAGCGCCGAGCGGUGGCCAUAGCAGUAAUCCUGACUCGAAUAUGAGUACUGGUUCAUCACACAGCGAAAAAGAUGUUGGUGACAUGUUAAGCACAGCGGGACUACCAAAUCAAAUCGGAUUAUUGCCAAAUAACGGAGCCCCUGGGGGCAUUAUGAACAGCGGCGGUAUUGGUCAAGAGGGUAACGGUACAGGUAUGAUGGGUGGCGGUGCUGGAGUAAAUAACCAACAACACAACAGUGGUAGUGGUGGGCGUUUAGAAAAAUUGGCACGUACACCUACCGAAAGAAAACGUAAAAGAAAAAUAGCUCCACACGCUGAUGAUAGUGGUGGAGGUGUAGCUGGUAAUGGCGGUAAUGGAGGUAAUACUAUAAACGCCAUCAACAAGGCGACAAAGACUAACAUGGCUUACGGCCCUAACAGUGGCACGCAGUCUCUAAACAAAGGCAAUUUAUCGUUAAAUAUAGGUACACAGCAAGAUCGAUGUAAUAUGCCAGUUGGUGGUAAAAAUGCCCGAUUAUUGCCACCAACUGGAGUGGCUGACAAUAAGAAAAUCAAUGACUAUUUUAAUAAGCAUCAUCCUGGUAACACAAACGCACCCAUGCGACAGCAUACAGGAGGUUCAAAAAGUCCUUCAGCACAGCAACAGUCCCCGCAAGUGCAAACAACUGCCGGCGGCGGGCCUGGCACAUAUCCAAUGUACCCACCUAGUCCUCAAAUGAGUGCAGGAGGCGUGCAAACGCCGACGUCUCAACCCCCGCCCGAAUUUCAUUACAGCAAUGUAGCAAAUAAUUCCAAUAAGCAGCAACGGCAGCAGCAGCAACCUUCCAACUCAAUGGUUCCUCCACCAUCACCUAUGGUAGGCGUAUUGACUUCCAAUUGUUUAGGUGGUAGUGUCGUUAACGCAAAUGCUAUACUUGGUAAUGCUGUAGUAGGUCCUCAACCAUCACCAAUAUCUCAGUCGCAACAACAGCUUCCCGCAACUUCCGUAGCAACAUCCGUUCAGCAAACACUUACUAGCGGAGUUACCUCGCAGCAACUGAGUGCUGUACAGAUCACAUCGUUACAGCAUCAGAGCAUGAUGGCAGGUGUACCACCACCUCCAAUGCAAAAUAGUACCGUAGCUAAAGCCACACAAACGGAUUUAUCUUUCCUUGAAAUACAGGAACGAGAUUCCGAAUUCGAAUCGAGUAAAUCAAAGCUCGAUGAAAUGACAAGACUGUCCGAUGAGCAAAAGUGCCAGAUAAUCGCCCAUCAAAAGCUUAUUGAUCAGCACAAGUCUCAUAUCGCCAAGUGUAUUGAUGUAGUUAAGAAAUUAUUGAAGGAGAAAAGCAGCAUCGAGAAGAAAGAAGCGCGCCAGAAAUGUAUGCAGAAUAGGCUUAGACUGGGCCAGUUUGUAACGCAACGAGUUGGCGCCACAUUCCAGGAAAACUGGACUGAUGGAUACGCCUUCCAGGAGUUAAGUCGUCGGCAAGAAGAGAUCUCUGCCGAACGCGAAGAAAUCGAUAGACAGAAAAAACAGUUAAUGAAAAAGCGACCGGCAGAGUCGGGACGAAAACGGAACAACAAUAACAAUAGUAACCAGCAACAAAAUUCCAAUUCAAAUGAUUCAACGAAUUUGGCUGGAUGCGAUCGUUUAGCUGGAGGUGAUAGCGGAAUUGGCAGCGGUUCCGUCGCUGGUGGUGUAGGAAGUGGUCGUGGGCUAUCACGUUCCAAUUCUACUCAAGCCGGUCAAGCUCAACUCCUUCACAACGGAGGUAGUGGCACAGUUGGUGGCACUGGUGGUGGCGGAGUUGGUGAUCGAUUGUCAGACCGAGGUGGCGGCGGGUCUGGACGUGGUGAUAAUAGUGGCAGUGGUUCCGAUACUGCAACGUUCCUUAAACCAGAUCCUGUCUCUGGUGCAUAUACAGCGCAAGAGUAUUAUGAAUAUGAUGAGAUACUAAAAUUGCGACAGAACGCACUCAAAAAAGAAGAUGCCGACUUGCAAUUAGAGAUGGAAAAAUUAGAAAGAGAAAGAAAUUUACACAUUCGGGAAUUAAAAAGGAUACUCAAUGAAGAUCAAUCUCGUUUCAAUAAUCAUCCAGUGUUGAAUGAAAGAUAUUUGCUGCUAAUGCUACUGGGCAAAGGAGGUUUCUCCGAAGUGCAUAAAGCAUUUGAUUUGAAGGAGCAACGAUAUGUCGCGUGUAAAGUGCAUCAGUUAAAUAAAGAUUGGAAGGAAGACAAAAAAGCCAACUACAUAAAGCAUGCCCUGCGAGAGUAUAACAUCCAUAAGGCUUUGGAUCACCCACGAGUGGUGAAGCUGUAUGAUGUAUUUGAAAUUGAUGCGAAUUCAUUUUGCACUGUACUCGAAUAUUGCGACGGUCACGAUUUGGACUUCUAUCUCAAACAGCAUAAAACCAUACCGGAACGUGAAGCGCGUUCAAUCAUUAUGCAGGUUGUGUCUGCGUUGAAAUAUUUAAAUGAGAUAAAGCCACCUGUCAUUCACUACGAUCUGAAGCCAGGCAAUAUAUUAUUGACUGAAGGCAAUGUAUGUGGCGAAAUAAAAAUUACCGAUUUUGGUUUGUCUAAAGUAAUGGACGAUGAGAACUACAAUCCAGAUCAUGGUAUGGACUUGACAUCGCAAGGCGCAGGAACCUAUUGGUAUUUGCCUCCAGAAUGUUUUGUUGUUGGCAAAAAUCCACCAAAAAUCUCAUCAAAAGUAGAUGUCUGGAGUGUAGGGGUUAUAUUUUAUCAAUGUCUAUAUGGUAAAAAACCAUUCGGCCACAAUCAAUCUCAAGCAACUAUACUUGAAGAGAACACAAUACUCAAAGCAACAGAGGUACAAUUUUCCAAUAAACCGACUGUAUCAAAUGAAGCUAAGAGUUUUAUACGAGGUUGUCUCGCUUAUCGCAAAGAAGAUCGUAUGGAUGUAUUCUCCUUAGCGAGGCAUGAAUAUAUACAACCGCCCGUACCAAAACAUGGACGUGGUCAAUCACUAACACAACAACAACAGCAGCAACAACAACAACAGCAGCAGCAACAACAACAGCAACAAUCUACAACAUCACAAGCCAAUUCAGCAGGACAAACAUCAUUCUCAGCAGGCAUGUUCGGUAACCUAAAUCAGUCAAGCUCAUCCUAGCUGCAAAUAAAACGAAA